UACGAUAUUAAGUAGUUUCUUUACUUCCGGCGAUAAAAAUCUACAAAAUACUUGCACCUUAUCCAGUAAGAUUGUUAGGAAUGCUUUUGGCGGUUGAUUCCGAAGUUCAUGCUCAUGUUCUUCAGGCCCCUGUUACUAGGCUCGAUUCAAGAAGGCAUUGAUUGGGGUUGCAAGCCGACUAAUUUUGUUGAUUCCAGUGAUUGGAUUAUAAGCAUGUAAAAGCCCUCCUAGAUAUGCUUCCACUGGAUUUCAUGUCAUGGACUUCGAUGAUUGGAAAUCUUUGUUUAAAUGCAAAACACCUAGAAGUUUUGUCCCUUUUUGUCCAUAAGUUCCAAUGCUCAUCAGGCUUGAAACCCGAUAACCACAUUUUUGCUGCUGUUUUCAAAUCAUGUGCUGCCCUUUUUGCCAUCAACGUAGGAAAGACACUUCAAGGUUAUACAGUGAAACAGGGGGAAUUAGCAUGCCAGUCUGUGUACAAGGGAUUGCUGAACUUGUAUGGCAAAUGUGGUGCUUUUGAUGAUUGUUGGAAAUUAUUUGAACAGUUGGAAUACCGUGAUGUUGUUACCUGGAACAUAAUCUUAUCUGGGUAUUGUCGGUCCCAAAUACAUGAUACUAGGGCUAUGAGAUUAUUUGUUAAGAUGCAUGCAGAGGGGGAAGUGAAGCCGAGUGCAAUUACAAUUGCUACCAUUCUUCCAGUAUGUUCUCGUGUAGGGAAAGGUGUUGUUGGGAGGAGCAUACAUUCACAUAUUAUGAAAACUGGAUUGGAAAGGGAUACUCUUGUUGGAAAUGCUCUCAUAUCAAUGUAUGCAAAAUCUGGGCAGUCACAGAACGAUGCAUAUGCUGCAUUUAACAGCAUUAUUCACAAAGAUGUUGUUUCAUGGAAUGCUGUAAUAUCCGCUUUGGCAGAAAAGAAUUUAAUGUUCGAUGCAUUACACUUGUUCAGACUGAUGCUGAAAGAACUCAUAGAACCAAAUUAUGUAACAAUUGCAUGUAUUUUACCUGUUUGUGCUUCCUUUGGUAAGCAUGUUUCCUACAGGUUUGGAAAAGAGAUCCAUGGUUAUGUGCAGCGUAGGACUGAAUUGAUGGAAGAUAUUUUCGUCUGCAAUGCAUUGAUGAACCUUUAUUUGAGGGUUGGACAGAUAAGAGAAGCAGAGAUCUUGUUCUGGCGCAUGAAGCAGAGAGACUUAGUUUCAUGGAAUACUUUAAUUUCUGGAUAUUCAUUAAAUGAUAAGUGGUUGGAAGCUGUAGAUCAUUUCUGCAAGUUGCUAUGCUUAGGGAUUGAGUUUGAUUCUAUAACUUUAAUUAGUGUUUUACCUUCUUGUGCAUACUCGCAAAACUUGGGAAUGGGGAAAAUGAUCCAUGGUUAUAUUAUUCGUCAUCCUAUUCUGAGUGAAGAUCUAACAGUUGGAAAUGCUUUAAUUAACUUCUAUACAAAAUGUUAUGAUAUAAAAUCAGCAUUUCAGUCAUUUUCCAUGAUUUCUGGUAAAGAUUUGAUAUCUUGGAAUUCAAUGCUUAACGCUUUUGCCGAGUUUGGGAACCAUACUCAAUUCCUGCAUCUCCUUGGCUGGAUGUUGCAGGAAGGUUUCAAACCUGAUCAUUUUACUAUCUUGAGUAUAAUCAGUUUUUGCGUUACAGUUUUAGGAGGAAGGAUGGUUAAGGAGACUCAUUGUUAUUCAGUUAAAGCUUGUUUCCUUGAGGGUGAUUCUGGUCCUACUAUACUCAAUGCUCUUCUUGAUGCAUAUUCGAAAUGUGGUAAUAUAGAUUAUGCGUUACAGAUUUUUGCAGGCUCAUCAGGAAAAAGAAACUUAGUGACAUGCAAUUCGAUGAUUUCUUGCUAUGUUAAUUGUAAGUCGCCCAGUGAUGCGCUUUCAGUAUUUUCUGGGAUGUCUGAGACUAAUCUUACGACGUGGAAUCUGAUGAUACGGGUUUAUGCUGAGAAUAAUAGUCCUCGAGAUGCUCUCGAACUUCUCCAUAGGUUGCAAAAUGAGGGUAUGAAACCGGAUGCAGUGACUAUUAUGAGCCUUCUACCCCUAUGCAAUGAAAUGGCAUCAUUUCGCCAGUUGAAAGAAUGUCAUGGAUAUUCAGUUAGAUCAUGUUUUGAGGAUGUAUGCUUAGACGGAGCUUUACUUGACGCAUAUGCAAAAUGUGGAGUUGUAGAUUGUGCUCGUAAGCUAUUUGAAUCGAGCUCUCAGAAGGAUUUAGUUAUGUACACAUCAAUGGUGAGUGGGUAUGCAAUGCAUGGGAGGGGAGAGGAGGCACUCAAGGUUUUCAAUAACAUGCUAGAAUCAGGGGUUAAGCCGGAUGAUGUGGUCAUGACUUCCAUUUUAUCUGCAUGUAGUCAUACUGGUCUUGUAGAUCAAGGUUUAGACAUAUUCCAUUCAAUGGAAGAGGUUCAUCACAUCAAACCAACCAAGGAACACUAUGCUUGUGUGGUGGAUCUCCUCUCACGAGGUGGCCGAAUCAACGAUGCAUAUUCUUUUGUGAUCGGGAUGCCCAUCGAGCCUGAUGCUAAUAUAUGGGGGAUACUUUUAGGUGCCUGCAAGACUCACCAUGAAGUGGAGUUGGGCCUUGUUGCCGCAGAGCACCUUUUUGAAACUAAAACUGAUGAUAUAGGAAAUUAUGUGGUUAUGUCAAACCUUUACGCUGCAGAUGCUAAAUGGGACGGGGUCCUUGAGGUAAGAAGGCUGAUGAAAGAGAGGGAAUUCAGAAAGCCACCUGGUUGCAGUUGGAUUGAAGUGGAAGGAGAGAAGAACAUUUUUUUAGCUGGAGAUUCCUUACAUCCUCAAAGAAACAUAAUUUAUAAUCUCUUGAAUACAUUGCAUCUGCAAAUUAAAAGAACUGUUGAUAUAACUUGAUGAGCAUUUACAUAUUGAUAUGUUUUGAAAUGUUAAUUGUUCCCUUGCACGUUG